AUGCGACACUGUACCGAUCAAAAUUCUAGCCCCAUGCUUGCUGAUGAUCCCCAGAAACCACGCCAAUUGAUUUGUCUGCCCUAUUUUGGCCCCAACGUCGGCCCCAUGCCUCUGACCCUGGUCUCCAUUCCCACCGCACGCCAAGCCAGGACUUUCACUAUUUUCGAGCAAUCAUGUUUCAUCUCGCGUCGAUCUCCAUCUGCUAGGACCCUUAGUGUCUGUUGCUUCUUGAUGAGUGGUGGUUCUCUCUUUGGGGUCUACUCUGCGGAGUUCGCCCAGCUUGACGACUCCAUCAAAUCCGCCGCCAAAGAAGCUGCCAAGGGCAUGCUGAGCUACUACACAGGCUAUAAACCCGGCGACGUAGCGGGAAACAUCCCAGACCCGUACUACUGGUGGGAAGCCGGAGCGAUGUUCGGCUCGAUGGUGGAAUACUACUAUUACACCGGCGACGACACAUGGAACGACUGGACCACCCAAGCGCUACUGCACCAAGUUGGCGUAGACGACGAUUACAUGCCCUACAACCAAAGCCGAACAAUGGGAAACGACGACCAGAUCUUCUGGGCAUUUGCGGCAAUGUCCGCUGCCGAAACGAAGUAUCCCGAUCCACCGGACGGCGAACCGCAAUGGCUUCAGCUCGCGGAGAACGUAUUCAACUCGCAAGUCGCACGGUGGGACCCGUCAACUUGUGGUGGUGGUUUGCACUGGCAAGCAUACGAAUCUCUUGGUGGGUGGCAUUUGAAGAACUCGAUUUCGAAUGGUGGGUUGUUCAAUAUUGCGUCGCGGUUGGCGCAUUAUACGAAUAAUGCGACGUAUUCACACUGGGCGGAGAAAAUCUGGGACUGGACUGAGGAUAUUGGUCUCAUUCGUUCGGAUUAUACUAUUUGGGAUAAUACCGAUUCAAAAGACAAUUGUACGACUUUUGAUCGGGUACAGCAUGCCUAUCUGCCCGCUGUUUUCAUGCAUGGGAGUGCCAAUAUGUAUGCCGUGACAAACGGGUCCAAAAAGUGGGAAACCCGCGUGAUCGGCAUAACGAACGCACUAGAUGCCUUCUUCGAACCGAAAAACGACCAUGUAAUGUCCCAGCCAUGUGAGGUCGCUUCAUGCAAUCUAAACGAACAAUCCUUCAAGGCCUAUCUAGCUCGUUUCAUGGGAGCAACGGUGCCACUUGCGCCAUUCGUCGAAACAAUCAUCAUGACGAAGAUCAAUGCGUCCGCCAUAGCGGCCGCGAAGCAGUGCUCCGGUGGCUCGGAUAAUAAAUGCGGGCUGCGCUGGACAGAUGGGGAUCAAUAUGAUGGGACGACGGGGAUUGGGGAGCAGAUGUCUGCUCUUGAGGUUAUUCAGAGUACGUUGGCUAGGGUUAAGGAUGUGCCUGUUUCGAAGGAUACGGGUGGUACUAGUAAGGGGAAUGAUCCGUCUGCAGGUAACACGAAAGAUACAAAUGUCAACACGAGGGAUAUGACGACGGGUGAUAAGGCUGGUGCUGGGGUUUUGGUUGUGUUGUUUGUUCUGGCGCCGGUUGGGGCGUUGGUUUUUCUGAGUGAGUUGAUUUGA